CAGCUUCUCAUUGUGUGCCUUCUCUGGUUGCACUAUGCUUACGCAAAUGUUGAAAAACUUAUUUUCCUGGCCCCGCCUGCUGAGUCUCUGCCAACUGACGCCAGCAUUGACAACCUCCUCUUGACGCCACUGUCUGAAGGAUUACCCAGCGUACGAACUCACAUCAAUGCGAGCUUUGCAAACAAAGAGUCACCAAAAGGGACGGAGACUUGGCUUCUUCUCGAAGGACUACGUCCGCACAGGCGGUACGAAGUCCGGGUUUGCUGGCUAGCCACCCAACCCACUUCAUUCUGGCUUUACACCCACACGGUCGAACAGACGUUCUCAAAUCCGGGUCUUUUGACCUCCCUGAGUACGUAUGCCUACUCUCGGCACGAACAACUUCUUGCAGGAGACAUCCAAGAACUGCAGUUGCGAAAGUCAAGCCCAGACUCUGUGGGCACCGAGUCGACAUUUCUCUUUCUGCAGGUCUUUGCUGCGGCAGAUUACUUCAGCCUGAAUCGGACAUUGAUGGAGACAGUGCCUCCUGUCGCCGUGGAUAUCAUACUGGACCCUUACUUCCUCAAUGUCCUGCCAAAGUCAUUGCUUCCAACCGGGCUGUAUCUGCUGAUCAUUGCAUGUGGGGCGUGGUUCAUCUCAGGCCAAGUCGCACGUCUCUUCACGGGUUUGAAUGCCGCUCAAGAAAAAGACUUUUUGAGAAAAUCAGAGUAG